ACUGACUUCAAGACGGCCGAUAUGGAUGCGAACACAGAUCAGGACAUCGAGAAGAACUUGGACAAAAUGAUGUCGGAGAGGGCUUUGUUGAAGGAGCGUUACCAAGAGGUGUUGGACAAGCAGAGGCAAGUGGAGAAUCAGCUGCAGGUACAGCUUAAGCAGCUGCAGCAGCGGAGGGAAGAAGAGAUGAAGAACCACCAGGAGAUCCUGAAAGCAAUUCAGGAUGUUACGAUCAAGCGAGAGGAGACAAAGAAGAAGAUGGAGAAAGAAAAGAAAGAAUUCUUGCAGAAAGAGCAGGAUCUGAAAGCUGAAAUUGAGAAGCUCUGUGAGAAAGGCAGAAGGUUGCUGAAAGAGCAGGAGGAGAAGGAAAACAAGAUUGCUUCUCUGAUUGCAGAGCAGUCCGAUGAAAAGCAGCUCUGGGAGAUGGAGCUAGAUAAGCUGAAGAACCAGCACAAUGAAAUCAACAGGAACAUCCUUGAGGAGACAGAACGGGCCUGGAAAGCAGAGAUCCUCUCCCUGGAGAGCCGCAAGGAGCUGCUGGUGUUGAAACUAGAGGAAGCGGAAAAAGAAGCAGAGCUGCACCUGACCUACCUCAAGUCUGCACCGCCCACGCUGGAGACGAUGAGGCCGAAGCAGGAGUGGGAGAUGAGGCUGAACAGGAUACGAAUGACCAAGGAAAGCGUCCGAGAUCAAUUCAACGACCACAUUCAGAUGGUGAGAAAUGGAACAAAGCUGAGCAGCCUCCCACAGAUCCCAACCCCAACGCUGCCACCUCCACCCUCGGAAACAGAUUUCAUGCUGACGGCAUUCCAGCCCAACCCAUCCCUUACUCCCAGGCUCCCGUUUCCCAUCGGACCGGUUCCCGUUCCCAUGGUCAUGCCAAGCGCCGAUCCCCGGGCACUCUCCUUUCCUCUCCUGAAUCCUGCCAUCUCCAGGCCCAACCAGCCUUCCCCGCCGCUGCCUGCUUCCCAGGGAAGAAACAGCCCGGUGGUGGCAUCGCUUAUUGGCACGCACAGCCCUCACAUGCCUCCCGCUGCCUCCAUCCCUCCUCCGCCAGGCCUGGGCGGAGUUAACGUCACUCCAGAGUUUCACAGGCUGCAGCCGGCCGAUAAGCUGGAAAAGCUGCUGGAGAAGUUGUUGACUCGGUUUCCACAGUGCAACAAGGCCCAGCUCACCAACAUACUGCAGCAGAUCAAGAGUGCUCGGAGGACCAUGGCGGGUCUGAACAUGGAGGAGCUGACCCAGCUGGUGGCGGCCAAGCUGGCAGAGCAGCAGGAGCGGGCGGCGGCCGGGGCGCAG